CGGAGCUGUCCGUGGUGCUGACGAGAGAGAGAGAGAAUCCGCGCUCGUGCAGCCAUAAACACACCGAGAGCGCGAGAGCGAUGCGCAACGCACUCACGACUCCCCGUUAAAACAGACCGAAAGCAAAGGUUAAACAUGUCGUCAUCAACUAGAUGCUGUGCAACAGGGGUGUUCAACCUCCCUUCACUCCUUCUUCUGCCCCUUUUCCUUUCUCUCGUUUGUGGAGUACAAGGGGCCACGCUAAGAGAGCAUCGUCUGAGCGAAAGCGAACCGGUCUCUUAUGGACCAGCGUCCCAGAUCCGUCCUCCUCCGAGUGCAGAGAUGCUCAGAGCUCUGCGUUACAUCCAAAGCCUCAGCCAGAGAACCCCAUAUGGUCACCUUGAUGACCAGCAAGACACUUCAGAUGACAUGGAGAGCGUUCGCUCCCUGCUACAACUGGCAGAUCCUGCCCGGAUGGAUAGAGGCAUGGAUGAGAGAGAUGAAGAGAAGGACAACACUCAAGAGUUGCUGCAAGCGGUGCUUACCACACUUCAACAGACCGAGGAGCACAUGGUGCCCCAGAAAACCUCCCAGAAGGUCAUCGCACCAUCUCAACCUCGAUACACUGUCCAAUCCUUCCCAAGACCAAAGCAACAACUAGAAGUGGAAACUUCAGCUGAGAAUUACGGAAGGACCUCGUGGACCAAUCCAGAUAACCGGAGACGGCACCGGAAGUUCCCACUUGCGUUUGAGGACCAGGAGCAGCCUCUCAAACGGACCAACGAGAAAGCAGAAGAACAGUACACACCCCAGAAGCUGGCGACCCUUCAAUCUGUGUUUGAGGAGCUGAGUGGAAUCGCUGCAUCUAAGGCCAACAGCAAACGGGAGGAUGGUGAAGAAGAUUACGAUGAUGAUAACGACUUUUACAGGCAGAGGAGGAUGGUCUUGGAAGACAUCAUGGGAACUGAUGAAUGGGCACCUUUGGAGGAACAAACAGAGACUGAAGAAGAAGAAAGAGAGAGGCAUGGGUUCAAUCCCAACCUUGAGGAUGAUGAGCAAGAGGAGGAGGAGGAUGAAGAGGACGAUUAUGUCAAAAGAUCCAACCAGUUCCAGACAGGAAAAGAGGAGGAGCCUGAGGACAUUGCAAAGCUUGUGGACUACUAUCUUCUGAAAAUCCUAGAACAGAAAAAGCAGGAGCAGCAGAAAAGACAAGAGGCCAGCAAGAGCGAGCAAGAAGAGGUGGAGAGAAAAGAUGUGGAUGAGGAUGAUGGAGAGGAGGAAGAUGAGCAGGAGAGGGAAAUCAAGCCAAUGCACAGCACAUUCCCUGAGUCUUUGUCCAAGAUAAUCUCAAUCUCACAGAAGCUACGAAUCCCACCGGAGGAAGUUCUUGAGCUUCUCCAUAAUGAGAAGCAGAAGGAUUUAUUGGGAAUCCCAAAGGAGUCACGUACGCCCUACACAACCGUUCACAAGACCUUCACCGCAGCACCUCACCGACGGCCGCUCGAGACCACGAAGGGCAACAGCAUCAGCCAAGACAUCGUGAAUAUCCUCAAGCUGGUAAACGCAGCACAACAAAACAACAACCGAGCAGCGCAACCGGAAACAUCACGUUAUUAUGAGAGGAAAACCGGCAGGGAUGAUUAUGACGACGCUGCCGGCGAGGAAGACGAACUUGCCAAUUACCUGGCGUUGAAAAUGUUCGAGCAUGGACAGAGACGGGCACGUCUGGCGCCAUUACGUGACGAGGACCAGCCCGUGUACGAACGCGGUGACUACUUCGAUAAAAGCACGGCACAAAAAAGACCCGCGAAUCACGAGAACGCAGUGACAGGAUUAGACAACAACACAAUGCUGCAAAUCCUGCGGUAUCUGGAUCCGGAGGGCGACGAUGCCGACGAAAUUGACUCUGAGGGGAAAACGGUCCCUGAAAUGUAGAUGUGUAGAUAACGAUUAAUAUUCAUUGUUUUAAGUUUGUCAUAUAAUAAAGUAUUUUGAAAGAAAUAUAUCCCCUUAUUGCGUUAAGUCAAUGUAGUUCUCCAGCUUUUCUCAUUUCUUGUUCUGUAUAGCAGAAAAAAUGGUAUUUUAGUAUGAACUCAAGAACUUUUAGUAGUAACUCAAUUAAUUAGUUCAUUAGUUAGUGAAUAGAACAAUGUAAGUCGCUGGCUUUACCUCUUAAACAUAUGAACACACACAGAUUUUCUCCCUCUUUACUACACCACUUGUGUUUUCAGUAAGUCAGUCUCUUGUGCGUGUGAUGAGGUCAUGUGUGACGUGGCAGAGGUAAAUAAAGCAUUUGUUCACACCAUGGUCCUCUGUGUAAUGCUUUUCUCACUGCUGAGGAACCUCUGCAAGCUUUGCAUGACAUCAAAUCUUUUUAUUGUGGUAAUUGGUUUCUGUUUCAUGUGCAACCAGGGUCAUAACAGCCCAAAAUGCAUUUACAUUUGAGUCAUGAAAAAUUGGUUACAUAUUUAAAUGCAUGUAUAGAAUAAGCUGUAAUUAUUCUACUACAAUACAUACAUUCUCAAAAAUAAUUUUUGUUAUUAUAAAAUGCAUUUUAGUAUAUAUUAAUAAAACAAAAAUCCGUGCAACACUUUUCAGAUUUUAAACAUUCUUUCUUUCAGUUUCAGUUCAAUCUAAGCUCUGUCUGAGAGUUACUGACUGAUUGUCUGCUCACAGAGAAAAAUGUAAAUAACAUUUACCGCACAAUGAAAAGAAACCAGAGGUUUCACAAGUGUAGUCAAAUAUCCGACUCCAAGACUGCAUUUAUUUGAUCAAAAAAAAAUUAUUUAUUAACUUUAAAAUAACUGUUGAAUAUACUUUAAAAAUGUAAUUUAUUCCUGUUAUGCAAAGCUUCAGCAUCAUUACUCUUUGAGUUUCAUAUGACCCUUCAGAAAUCAAGAUCGGCAUUUAUUUGAAAUCUUUUUUAACAUUAUGAAUGUCUUAAAAGUCACUUUUGAUCAAUUAAAUGCAUCCUUGAUGAAUAAAAGUAUACAUUUCUUCAAAAAUAUUCUGAUCCAUUAGUAUACAUGAGUGUAUCUCUGUAUCUCUUGUAUUAUAGACUUCUCACUGUCUCAAAAGUAGUUUGAAAUGUUUACUAAUACAAAGUGUUGCUAUUUCAGCGUUGUGACUUUGUAUGGAAGCUUAAUUAAAUACAUUGAGCAUGUGAA